UGUUAAUAAAAUAAAAACAAGUACAUUUUCCAUUUACAUACUUAUGUUGUUUUUAUCAUAUAGAAUACAACUUGAACCGAAUUAAACACCACUGUUCAUCCGACUUUGGUAUCGAAGACGUACUUUUGUUUUAACAAAGUGUUUGAAAAACAAAACCAUCAUGCAAUUCAAAAUUGCUGUUAUCCUCUGUGCUUUGUACUUCGUGACCAUGACACAAAGCAUCGGACUAAAUAUAUUUAAAGUUAGAACGAUUAUUGAUUUAUUCAAAAAACACAAAUCCCAUGAAGACCAAGUUUCACCAGACGAAAUCAAUGAAAUUUUUAAAAAUAUGGGCGUGCAGGAUAUGACAGGUUUUACAUACGAAGCAGAUAUGAAAGACGGUCGAAAAGUGCAAAGUGUUAUGGUAUUUCUGGCCAAAAACAAUAAGACCUUUGACCACUGGAUGAUCCAAAGUUUAUCAACCCACGAAGUAACAAUUUACUUGAGCCUGUUCAGAAAUCACGAAGAAAAAAAAGGCGAUGCCGAUGGUCUGGUUAACUCCGAGAAGUUUCAAAAUAUCAUUCAAGCUUUAAGUUUAAACGACGAAGAGAAAAAAAGUUUGGCCGAUUAUUUCGAAGGUUACAGUGCAAUUAACUUCGCGGAGUUCUUAUAUGGCUUUUUGAAAGUAAAACCUCUAGGCAGAGGUCUAAACGUGAAACAGAUUGUAGAUCUGAACAAUAUUAAAGAUCACAAAAUAAAUGCCGAUUACAUUCAACCUGAUAAACUAACAGAGUUUAUUAAAGGGUUAUCUAUAGUUAAGGACCAGGAUGAGGAAUGGGUUUUUGAACGCUUUCAAACGGCUGCUUUUGAGCUGCAAGAGCUGAUGGUUUUUUCAGCAGAAUACAACCAAACGGACAAUGCAGAACCGACAAGAGUCUUGACAUUGUGGAUUUAUUCAUGGUUAUAUAUAAGGUUUAUGACACUAAUGUUACCAAUGAGUGAACGCUAAAAAGUUGUACGAGUUUUUUCUAAAUUGAAUAUUAUACUAAAUAA